AUGGACCAUAACAAAUCCCAACGCACAUACGAUCAAGCCUUUUUGUUUGCCAUGGGCGAAACAAAUCGUACAAGUAAAUCAAAAAAACGGGCAUUAAUGUUUGCAUAUUUUUACGAUGUUGUUCCUGUUGCAGUAAAUGAUGAAGAUGGUAAUGAGGUAGACGUGAUUUUAUCCCCAAGCCACGUCGAAAAGUUCCAGAACAUGCUUGCUAAACCAACCUCACUCACUUCAACAGCAAUUGGUGAAUUUGGAGCAUAUUCCGGUUACUUAACGAAACGCCAUUACACUGAAUUAAAUAAGGAAAUGAUCGAAAUGCUUAACCAAGACUGGGAGAUCAAGCCAAGCCAACGGUUUAUUUCAGCAAGAGCACUCAUCGGAUCCGUAAUAAUUGAUUCUGAAAACAAUUGUGGUCUUUUAAUCUUGGCUUUAGAAGUAUAUGGUCGUGACCCGGACAUUGAAAGCCACGCAGAAAAACGCAGCUCCACUGGUUCCACUAGGCAAUCGACAUCCGUACCGUCUGUAGGCCAGAAUGACUUCGAAAUUUUCACCAUGCGCCAAACCGAAGGCAGCAAUAUUUCCAUCAAGCUUAUACUGGGUACCCACUCGUUUAACGCCCUUGGGACUGCUAAUACACGUAUUGACAACUUGGUUGAUCAUCCGGAAUGCGGACCGUGA